CGGGCCAUGGGGACGACGUUUGAGAUAAACCCGCCGUUAUUACAUCCGUUGGUGACAACGAUUGACAGAGUUUGGUAACGUCAGUUUUUCCCGGAGACUUUUCCUGUUUCACCUACGCUACGGAAUUAUGCCGGAGAACAUGCUUCAAGCAAAUGGAGAGAAAACGAAUGGCCAGCGAGAGGAGGAGGCUGAGGAAGUCGACGUGCAUUUCGAGCCGAUAGUAAGCCUUCCCCUGAUCGAUGUCUCGAGUAACGAGGAGGACGAGGUCGAGAUGAUCAAAUUGCGGGCUAAGCUCUAUCGUUACGAUUCAACGAGUGAACCGGCUGAGUGGAAGGAACGUGGAACUGGUGAUGUCAAACUCCUGAGACACAAGACCAAGCACACAGUCCGCGUCGUUAUGCGACGUGACAAAACCCUCAAGAUUUGUGCCAAUCACUUUGUCACACCCUGGAUGGAACUCAAACCUAAUUGCGGAAGUGAUCGCGCCUGGGUAUGGAGUGUCCUCGCUGAUUAUGCUGAUGAACUGCUAAAGCCUGAGCUCUUGGCCAUUCGAUUCGCCAAUGCUGAGAAUGCAUCAUUAUGGAAAGAGGCUUUUGAGAAGGCGAAGAAAAUCGUUGGAACCGAGUGCUCUAUAUACUCAGGAAAGAAAAAUCCCGACGAAGAGGACAGCGACAGCGAUUCCUACGUGACAUACAGCGAUGACAGCGACGAAGAGAGUGAUGUCAAAAAAUCACCAACCCAGAAGACGACUGCUGAAGAAGCUGACGAGAAACCCAAAGAUAAUACUGACGAUAAAGCUCAUGAAGUUACGCAGAAGUUGGAGAAGCUCGACGUGAAGGAAGAGGAAAGCAAGGAGAGCAAGUAACGAUGGCCAAAACGUUGACCGUCACUAGAUGAUAACAUUCCCCAUGUACACAAAUUUUACAAUACGAAUUUACCAAGCUUCAGGUGAAACUGAAUUCACAAUUUUAAUAACCAAUUCUUUAUGUUCAAUUAUAACCCACAAAUCGUCGAUCGUCUCUCGGAGCAUUUUUUUUAAAAACGCAUUUUCAUUAUUUCCCGUGUGAGAUGAUGAGGAAUAACGAAUGUUUUAUAAUAAAUGUUUGCAUGAUUAUCUGUGAUUUCUUUUUAUAAGUGUGCCGUAUGCAAUUGCAGUUUUCUUUUUCCAAUGGAGAAAUAAAUUUAAUAUUUGAAA